AUGGCCUCCCUAUCAGCCAUUCGAAGCAAUUGCCGAAAAGUCAUCUGCAUCGGCCGCAACUACGCCGACCACGUCAAGGAGCUCAACAACCAGCGCCCCAAGCAGCCCUUCUUCUUCCUCAAGCCCCCCUCCUCCAUCCUCCUGCCCGGCGAGGGCCCCGUCCUGCGCCCCUCGGGCGUGAAUCUGCACUUCGAAGUCGAGCUCGGCCUCGUGAUCGGCAAGACGGUGCGCGACCUCGAUGAAAAUGAUGCCGACUGGCAGUCUGCGAUUGAGCAGUACAUCCUCACGAUCGACAUGACGGGCCGCAACGUGCAGGACGAGGCGAAGAAGAAGGGACUACCCUGGAGCAUUGCCAAGGGCUUCGAUACGUUCCUGCCUAUUUCGGGCCCCGUGGCGAAGAGCGCCAUCCCGGAUCCGCACGAUGUCGAGUUGUACUUGACGGUGAAUGGCGAGGUGAAGCAGCAGGAUAAGACGGAUUUGAUGCUCUUCCGCAUUCCGAGGCAGUUGAGCGACAUCAGCCGCACAAUGACGCUGGAGAAGGGCGAUAUCGUGUUGACGGGUACGCCCAAGGGAGUCGGGCCGGUGGUGACGGGUGAUGUCAUGGAAGCGGGCAUUCGCGUGGGUGGUAAAGAGCUGGACGAGGCGAAGUUGACGGUCGAGGUGAAGGACAAGGGAGGUGCGUAUGUGUAUGGUGAGACUUGA